AUUCAAGGACAAUUUAAGGACCAGACAACUCGUUGGCGAAGUUCUUAAGUAAAUAGAAAUUAACAGACCACCUGAGCAGUCACCAGUUGUUCCGCACUUUGAAUUAGGGCAAAUUACUACCCCCAUCCAAACAACAUUUAUAACCAAAUAAGUACGUAGUUGCACCAUUAUAUUAAUUGCAACAACUGUAACAUCAACAACAAUAUAAAUAAGCAACACCAUUAACCCUCCCAAAAAAUAAAAAAAUCUCAAAUAAUCUCACUUUAUUCACCAGUUUAACGUAUAACUUUUAAUCAUGAUUAGCGUUCUUUUUAUUGCCAAUAGACUAUUUAGCAGUAUGGUUAAACAGGGACCCAGACCAGUGGUUGUGUGUGGACCUUCGGGUUCUGGUAAAAGUACUCUGCUGAAUAGACUAUUCGCAGAAUUUCCCAAUACUUUCGGUUUUAGUGUAUCGCAUACCACGCGUAAACCUCGACCCGGAGAGGAGGAUGGUGUUCACUAUAACUUUGUCAGCCGUGAGGAAAUGGAAAAAGCUGUGGCCAAUGAUGAAUUUAUAGAAUCGGCUACGUUUGGUGGCAACAUGUAUGGCACUAGUAAGGAGGCUGUACGUAAGGUACAAAAUGCCGGUAAAGUUUGUAUUUUAGAUAUUGAACCCCAAGGUGUGGAGCAGGUGAAGAAGACCAAUUUAAAUCCCAUACUAAUCUAUAAUAAUCCACCAUCUGUGGAGGCUUUGGAACAACGUUUACGUAAACGUGGCACCGAAACCGAGGAAUCUUUAAAGAAACGUUUAGAUGCUGCCGCUUCUGAGAUUGCUUAUGGUCUGACACCCGGUAAUUUCCAGAAAAUUAUCCAUAACAUUGACAUUGAUCAGGCCUACGAAGAGUUUCGUGAAUUUAUUGUAGCCGAAUUGAAGGCUCAAGAAGCUGCUGGCAUUACUAUUACCUGGUAAUGUCUUAAAAUAGACCUAGACCCAUUAGAACCUCUGCAUUUUCGCAAUGGUAUUUUAAGUUUAAAGAUAUUUUAAACUUUAGUAAAAUCAUUGUUGAUGUUCAACGUAUAAUAUUUUGCGUGUGUGACUAGAAUUUAAAGAAAAAGUUUUUAUUUAAAUUUAAGUCAAUUACUAUUUAUUUCGUGAUUUUUUUAAUUUUUUUUAAAUAAAAAUUUAUGUAUUUCUUUGAAAAUAA